GAUUAUUUAACCAGAGACCUUAAUUUGUGUUUUUCACCCUGUUUUUCUUCUUUAUUCACAUUAUCAGAUCCCGUAUUUACUCCUAUAUAUACCGUUCCUAUCGUUUACCAAAGGCAUACAACUGUACUUGUAUACAGAUCCGUGCAUCGAUACCGCCAUGUCGACUCUCUUCUUAGACGAGGCCCCUCGCCCCUAUACAAAGGCCAUUCCACAUAUUGUGCAACAGUUACCUAAUCGCGCCAAAUCGUUCUCCAAAGAACUUUUUCCUAUUACCGAAUGGUUACCAAAGUAUAACCUGAAAUGGCUCUCAAGCGACCUCGUCUGCGCCAUCACCGUCGGCACGAUCGUAGUUCCUCAGUCCAUGGCUUACGCUAAAAUCGCGAAUUUACCUCCCGAAUUUGGUCUGUACUCAAGCUUUGUUGGUGUCAUGAUCUAUCCAUUCCUGGGAACAUCCAAAGAUAUCAGCAUUGGUACCACCGCUAUUAUGUCACUCUUGGUCGGUCAAAUCGUCGCUUCCAUUACAACCAUGCCCCAAUUUCUGUCUGGAGCCUGGACAUACAACGAUAUUGCCGUAACAUUGGCCUUGUUUGCCGGUCUGAUUUCUUUGGUGGUCGGCAUCCUGCGUCUAGGCAUCCUUUUUCGAUUUAUCUGUCAACCUGCUAUUGCCGGUUUUAUGGCCGGCAGCGGUCUGACCAUUAUCAUCAACCAGUUUAACAAAAUCUUUGGCAUCCCGAACAUCAAAACCACAGAAGCACCGUACCUUGUAUUCGGAAAAACCCUCAUCAACUUGCACCAUACCCACAUCGACGCUGUAUUCGGCUUGUUAUCUCUUGUUUGGCUUUAUGGCAUCCGUUACAUCGCAACGAAAAUGAUGACUCGAUACCCACGUUACGCCAAUGUUUGGUUUUACAUCAAUAUUACGCGCAAUAUUGUCGUGAUCGUUGUCACGACACUCAUUUCUUACCUGAUUAACCAUUUUGCCCAUUAUACCCAAAGUCCAUUCAAGAUUCUCGGCCCCAUCGCCUCUGGGUUCCAACACAUGGGGGUACCAGACGUUGAUACUUCCUUGUUAUCGCAUCUGAUGAAAGAUAUGCCCGGCAUUAUCGUGCUGCUAGUUAUGGAACAUGGUGCUAUCGCAACCAGUCUUGGCAAAGUCUCCGAUUACAAAGUGGAGAUGAAUCAGGAAAUUAUAGCUAUUGGCCUGACCAAUGUUUUUGCUUCGUUCUUUGGCGCUUAUCCAUCCACGGGCGCAUUUUCGCGUUCAGCGGUCAUGUCCAAGUCGGGUGCUCGCACUCCAUUUGCCAAUUUCUUUGUGGGCAUAAUUGUGAUUCUGGCGCUUUAUGCAUUCACUCCCGCCUUUCAAUAUAUCCCAGAUGCAAGCUUGGCAGCAGUGAUUGCGCACGCUGUGACUGAUUUGAUUUCCGGUCCUUCCGUUUGGCUCAAGUUCUGGAAACUCCAUCCCUCGGAAUUGCUCAUUUUCGCCGCAGCAUAUAUCAUUGCUCUCUUGACUCGAAUCGAUAUCAGUGUCUACGUUCCCGUAGGCUUGUCACUCAUUAUCCAGCUGUAUCGGGUUGCACGUCCCGAUUAUGCCGUUUUGGGUCGACUUGAUCUCCAGCAGCCUCUCAAUUAUCCUCAGGAAAAAGUCAGUGUUACCGAUGAUCUCGAUCGUCUGGAACAAGCCGUGUUCUAUUCUACCACCCACCCCACGCUUGGCCAGUAUGUUCGUCCCAUCGGUCGUGGCAUUGUAUGCUUCCAGCCUCGUGAGAAUCUUGUCUUCCAGAACGCCGACUAUAUCACGGAAAAGCUUGUGGAUGAGAUUAAAGCAACGACUCGACGUGGCAAACCUUUGGCAGAUAAGGUUGGCGAUCGGCCUUGGAACGAUGCACGUCAGUCCAAAAAAGGCGAAUCAGAAAAACCGUUGCUUCGAUCGGUGAUUCUUGAUCUUUCCGGCGUUCAUCAGAUCGAUUACACUGGUAUUGAGGGGUUGAUUGAUGCUGCGAAGAUGGCCGAACGGUACUCGGGUCAAUCGGUUCGUUGGUAUAUCGUGGUCGGCUCGUCCCUUGCCGUACGAAAGGCCCUCCUAUUUGCUGGCUUUGGCCGUCAACGUCGCCAGACUUUGCCGAAUGGAUUCUUCGUAUCCGAUCUAGACCAGCGUCGCAAUCACAGCGACCCCGCGCGUGGCCAUCGGGUGACAGACGAUGUCUGUACAAAGACAAGAGAAGAUGCCGGCAAUAACGAAGAUAUCAAUGCCACCAAACCGGAAGAACAUGUUGUAGUCAUUGAAAAUGUUGCCAAGGAGUACGACCGUCAGGAUUUGACACAACUGUCAGAUGAUCCGUCGAACAGUCCUCGUUCUGGUAAUGACAGCACUGCGAAUAAGCACGCGAGCGUCUCGACCGAUGGUUCCUCCGAUUGGUGCUAUUGCGAUGAAAAACCUCCUCAACCGGCCGAUGGUGACAUUAUCGGAGCGGUUCGAGACCGAUACCCGUUCUUCUUCAGAACAUUGCAUGAAGCUGCUCGGGCUGCAUUAAUGCAUCCUGGUUUCGAGGGCAACAUGGCGCAUGAUAGCGAUAUCAGUUUUUAUUCUGAGCAACGUGAUCUAUCCGAUGAAGAACAAGCUGCAGGUGCACGUUGUUAGUGCCGCAUUUAUUGUUUUCUUUGACUCUGCGCUUUAUUAUAUAUUGUAAUUUUCUAUUUUCUUAACUGUAUAGUUUCAUUUUUCGUGGUUGACCCUUUACUCGCCAUUUCGUCUCCUUCUCUGAUACUCUUACAUAUGCUUUUUUUUUUUUUUGUGUACAUGGU